AUGGAAAGGGUUUCAGGGCUCACAUCUGCCGUUUUAUGCUUAACAAAAAACAUACAAGCUAUAGACCAACAUACAACCUCUACUCUAUAUCCCCUCCACCAUAUAGUUUCCUCAAUUUUCCGCCUUCACUUUUCUGUGCCGCCGUACGUUGCCAUUGAAACCGCCGCCGCACGUUGCCGUUGACACCGUCGCCGUCGCCUCGCCGUCUUCCGCAUGAGUAGAUAGAGUUUUUCGUCAAAUUCGGAUAUGUAUCCUUCUCGUGGGACUAAUGCGUAUGGCCAACAACAGCAGAGCUACUCCUCCCAAUCCGCCUAUGCGCAAAACUUGGUAUCUGGCCACUCUGGGAGUUCUGCUGCAGGACCUGAUGGUUCCUCUCAACUACUAAUUGCUUCGCGUCAUUCAUCAAUGUUAGGGGGUUCUCAAGAAGCAAAUACAAGUGCAUAUAGAACUCAUGGUCAUCACCCCUCUUCUGGGCCUAGUUAUGGCGGACAAUACAGUGCUGUGUAUGGUUCUACUGCUCAACAGACUGCUUCAAUCACUGGAAAAGCAUCUGUUCCAUCCACUAUUGAAGGUCGCACUGGUUUCAGUUCAUCUAUUACAGACUCAGCCAAGUUCACAUUGGGUGACUAUGUUUCAUCAACCAGCCAUAUAUAUGGCCAUAAAACCGAACUUUAUUCUGAUAGGGUUCCUGAUUACCCAACAUUGGAAAGGCGCCAAUAUGGUGAACGACAUAGUGGUUACGUGGGCGGGAGAGAUUUGCCCAUUGAACCUGCCACUCGCUAUCCUGACAGUAUUUCUUUUAACAAACAUCAGGCUGAAAUAUAUGAUCGCAUGGAUCAAGCUUCAAUUAUCAGAAAAGAACAACUGCUAAAGGCUCAGGGACUGCAAUCUGGAUCUCUUGAAGGGGGGCCAAGACAAAGUGAGUAUCUUGCAGCAAGAAGUGCUGCUGUUCGUCAUGCAGCGCAAAAUCGCCUUUCAGCUCAAGAUCUAAUAGCAUAUAGCACCAGAGCUGACCCCGAUCCUCAUGCAUUAUCAACAUUAGGCAGUUCGUCAUUCGACGCACAGCAUGCUCCUUCAAUUUUAGGGGCAGCACCACAAAGAACAUUAGAUGACCUCAUUUACACGCAAAAUUCUUCAAAUCCGGGUUAUGGUGUGAGCCUACCACCUGGUAGAGAUUAUGGAGUAGGCAAAGGAGGACUACAUGCAAAUUCCCUCGAUUCAGAUUUUCCAAGUAAUAUGAUGGCACGCCAUUCAAGGAUGGACGAAUAUAAGGAUGACAGAAUUCCUUAUGCUCGUGAAUUUGACCGGAUGGAAAAGGAGCGCCUAUAUUUGCGCGAGCAUGAGAAAGACAGAGACCGGGAAAAGGAACGAGAGCGGGAGCGAGAAAGAGAGCGGGAACGUGAUCGUGAUCGUGAAAGGGAAAGAGAAAGAGAACGAGAAAGAGAGAGAGAAAGGGAGCGGGAGCGGGAACGUGAACGUGAACGACUAAGGAAACGAGAAAGAGAACGUGAACGAGAGCGCAUUCUGGAGCGGAGGGAGAAGGAACGUGAUAAUGAGCGCAAACGUGGAGCUGAAGCUAGGCAUGAACGAACACCUCCCAGAAUAUCUAGGGAGCCCCGAGGCACAUCAGUGACAAAGGACAGUAGACCCUUAAGGCACGAUUCUCCACGACAUGAAGUUCUGCAUAGGCGCCAUUCACCUGUUAAAGAAAAGAGGAGAGAAUAUUUGUGCAAGGUUUACUCAUCUAGCUUGUUGGAAACCGAGAGAGAUUUCUUAUCAUUGGAUAAGAUAUAUCCCCGACUUUUCAUAUCUCCUGAAUGCUCAAAGGUAGUUGUAAAUUGGCCAAAGGGGAAUCUCAAGCUUUCUUUGUACACUCCAGUCAGUUUUGAGCAUGACUUUGUUGAAGGGGAGACCGCAAAUGAGCAGAAAAUGUUAUCACCUAGCAAAUCUGCUAGUGCAUCUCAAAGAUUAGAUCAUGGGGUUACUGUAUGGAAUGCCAAGGUCAUUUUGAUGAGUGGACUCAGUAAAAAUGCUUUGGAUGAGCUAUCUUCUGAAAGAAGCUAUGAUGAUCGCAUACCUCACUUCUGCAAUAUGCUUAGAUUUGCUGUUCUUAAAAAAGAUAAUUCUUUGAUGGCAAUUGGAGGCCCAUGGAACAGUGUUGACGGGGGAGAUCCAUCAGUUGAUGACUCUGCUUUGAUUCAGACAGUGCUUAGAUAUGCAAAGGAGAUGACACAUCUUGAGUUGAAGGACUGCCAACACUGGAAUCGUUUCCUUGAGAUACACUAUGAUAGAUUUGGGAAGGAUGGACUGUUCAGUCACAAAGAGGUGACUGUUUAUUUUGUUCCAGAUUUGUCUGUAUGUACACCUUCACUGGAUUUGUGGCGUGAACAAUGGUUUACUUACAAGAAGGCAAUAGCUGAACGAGAGCGCCAGGAUGCUCUGAGGAAAGAGAAAUAUGAAGAAAAGAAGGAUAGCAAAGACAAGGAUCCUGAGAAAGUGAAAGAUGCUAAGCGGGAUACUAAAGCAGAUAAAAAGAAUGAGAUUUCAGCAUCGAAGAAAGUAGCAGAGGGAAUCAGAAAGCAGAAUGAUGGUAAGCUAAAACAGAGCCUAACUGACAAGGGAGAAAGUGAUAAGAAAGUGGCACAGAAUGAACAAGGAGUCGAAACUCGGGAUGAAGGUACAACUGUAAAUAAAACUGGUGAAGGCGAAACAGGUGUUCAAAAUGAUUCUGGUGUGAAGUCUGGGAAGAAGAAGAUUAUAAGGAGGAUUGUGAAAAAAACCAUUGGUAAGAAAGUCGUGGCUAACACUUCUAAAGAGAAUGAAGAGACUCAAGGAAAAGUUGAAGUGAAAACUGCAAGCGCAGACGGUGGUGGUCAACAGGAUGGAUCAUCUGCUACUCCUAGUACAGUCAAAACUUUUGUAAGGAAGAAGGUUAUUAAGAGGGUCCCAGUUCUGAAAACUGCUCCUAAGGUUAGUGAAUCAGGGCCUUCUGAGGUUAAUGAACCAGUUCCUUCUGAGGUUAAUGAGCCAGUGCCUUCUGAGGUUAAUGAACCGGUUCCUUCUGAGGUUAAUGAACUGGUUCCUUCUGAGGUUAAAGAACCUCUGCCUUCGGAGGUUAAAACUUUGAAGGAAUCUGAACAUUCUGAAGAUACUGCAAAGACAAAUUGUGGUAGCAGCACUCCUGUAAAGAGGACUGUGAAGAAAAAAAUAAUUAAAAGGGUGCGUAAAAGGAAAACACCUAUAACAGAUGACAGCAAUGGUGUAACUGUUGCUGAGGGAAACAAAGAGGGUUUGGAGGAACAGUUAGCAGUGCAAGCAGAAAAUGAGGUGCAAAUUGCAGCUAAUGCUGAUGAGGAUAUGAUUUCCCAAGAAGUAAAGGUUAGUCCUAAAGUGAAGACAUCACCAACGGCAACUCAAGAGACAAAAGCUGAAGAAGCAACUACUGUUGCUGUUUCCAAAAUGGAAUCAGUCAACUCUCAAAAUGAUGAUUGCUCAAAACUGGAAAUAAAGGAGCAACCUAAAGAAGAGAAAGAAAGGACGGACAAAAAAGAUGAAAGGGAUGUGCCUAAGAGCAAAUCAAUUAAGGAGGUGAAAGAAAAGAAAAGUGAAGAACCUCAGAGCAAAUCAAUUAAGGAGGUGAAAGAAAAGAAAAGUGAAGAACCUCAGAGCAAAUCAAUUAAGGAGGUGAAAGAAAAGAAAAGUGUAGAACCUCAGAGCAAAUCAAUUAAAGAGGUGAAAGAAAAGAAAAGUGAAGAACCUCAGAGCAAAUCAAUUAAAGGGGUUAAAGAAAAGAAAAGUGAAGAACCUCAAGGCAAAUCAAUUAAAGAGUUGAAAGAAAAGAAAAGUGAAGAACCUCCCCGCCACCCUGGGUUUAUUCUUAAAACAGAAGGGAGCAAAAAUCACAAGUUGCGAUCACUGUCACUUUCACUGGAUUCCCUCUUGGACUAUACUGACAAGGAUGUUGAAGAUUCAAGAUUUGAGCUUUCUCUGUUUGCUGAAUCAAUAUAUGAGAUGCUUUAUUAUGAAAUGGGUCUCCGGCUCUUGAGUUUCCUUCAGGACCUGCGCAUUAAAUUUGUUAUCAAGAGAAACCAACGGAAAAGGGAGAGGGAGGAAGCAUCUAAGAAGGAAAGUGAGGAAAAACCAUUGACGAAGCGUGCAAAAACAGAAGAGUGUGUGGAUGAUACUGAAUUAACUGGUGUGGAAAAGCAAAAUAAAACUAAUCCAGAUGAAAAAAUGGCCACUGUUAAGGAAGAGCCUAGCUCACCUGUCAAGACUCAAGACACUAAGAUGACACAAGAUGAAGCUGUGCAUAAUGAGAGUGAUGAGGAUGAAGAUCCAGAGGAAGAUCCUGAGGAAGAAAAUGUAGAAGAUGUAGAAAUGCCUGAUGCGGACCCCCAGAAUGAUGCAGAUCAGGAAAAUGUUGAAGGCAGAACUAAUACUGAUUCCAAGAGUGAAAAUGUUGCUGAGGAUGAGAAACCGGCAAUGGGUGUGGAAGCUUCUAAACUAAAUGCAGAUCUUGAUAUUGGCAGCAAAGAUAAUAAGAUAAUUAAGGUGGAGACAGAGGCAAAGGGAGCUCAGGGAGAGGUUAACAAGGAUUUAUUGCAGGCUUUCAGGUUUUUUGAUCGAAACCGAGUAGGGCACAUAAGGGUAGCAGAUCUGAGGCUAAUAAUCCAUAAUUUAGGGAGGUCACUCUCAAACCGGGAUGUCAAGGAUUUGGUCAUGAGCGCUCUUCUGGAGAGCAAUACAGGGAGAGACGACCGCAUUUUAUACGGCAAGUUGGUCAAGAUGUCCUUUUGAACAGCUCAGAAUUGGAACAAAAAACAUAAAAAUAUUUCUCUAUUUAGUUUUCUCAGAUAGAGAACUCUUAGGUGUUGCCGUUGGGUUAGCUUUUUAAUUUUCUGAACCAAGUUGAUUGAAAGCCUUCAUGGCAUGAUAUUAUCAAACCAAAAUUGACUCUUUUUCCUGCUAGCUACUAACCUAGCAUGGGUUUGUGUUCUAUAAAAGAAUUUGGGCUAAUUAGCACCCCAUGUUGCCAAUCCCCUCGGAUGUAACCAAAAAACAUUGAUACUUGUCUGAUUCAAAAAAAUGUGCACCACAUAUUGUGGACAUAUCUUUUGAAUAAA